AUGGGCAAGGUUCAGCGUCAAGGUCGCAAGCCCCAUUCGACAUUCGGCAAAUCGACCGUGGUCAGAAGGCAGCACAGCCGUCCACAGGCCCAACGUCCCGCCAAAGGUCGUGCAGCAGCAGCAGCAGCAGCAGCAGCUCCCAGUGGAGGCCAACAUGGUCGACCACAACAGGCACGGCCCAAGGUGCCUUUUACCAAACAUGACAAUGUGCUGCUCGUCGGUGAAGGUCGGUGUGUUGAGAAUGCGGCCCUCGCUCCUCACGACCUCGAUGCUUCCAUGCUCUCAAGAGGCGGGUUGCUAACUAAUGGGCCGAUAGGUGACUUUUCGUUCUCGCUGUCGUUGAAACGACACCACAAAGUGCGCCAGAUGGUCGCUACCUGCUACGAUUCCAAAGACGUUCUGCAGAUCAAGUACCCGGAGGUUCACAACACCAUAUCCCAACUCCAGUCGGGCGGUCACUCUAGUCCACGACACGAGACAGACCAAGGCAACGAGGACGAAUGGCAAGGGUUUUCUCCCUCACCGCCGAAUCUCCCCAGCCACGACCAGGUCAAAGACCACGAUACACGAUUGGAUAAGGACACUAUCUACGUUCUCUACGGCAUCGAUGCAACCAAGCUCUCUUCGGCACACAAAAAGGCCCUCAGGCCAUAUUCUCCAUUCACCAAGAUUGUCUUUAACUUCCCCCACGUCGGAGGUCUAAGUACAGAUGUCAACAGGCAAGUUCGGUACAACCAGGAGCUGCUGGUUGGGUUUUUUCGGUCGGCCAAGCUAUUGCUCUCCUCUCCAAACCGCCCAGCAACAGUACGACAGGUGACCGAGCAGGACGAUGACAUGAGUGACUAUGACGAGAUAGCAGAAGAAUCAGACAGUCCCGUCCCAGGUGCGGUAAAUGGCAAGAUUCUCGUCACGCUGUUUGAAGGCGAACCGUACACGUUGUGGAACAUCCGGGACUUGGCCCGUCAUUGCGGCCUCAAGGUCGUGGAGAGCUUCAAGUUCCCAUGGUCAGCCUACCCGGAGUACCGCCAUGCGAGAACGGCGGGGGACAUCAUCACGGGCAAGGACAGGAGCGACGAGGGAAAGAGAAAGGGCGCCUGGAGAGGCGAGGAGCGCGAGGCACGAUGCUAUGUGAUGGAGGACCGGGAUGCAGAGCCCGUGGAGGUGAUGUCGCCCCAACGGAAAAGGAGACGGAGGCAGGGGAGUGAUGGGGACGACAGUGACUGA